UCCGUCGAAUGUGAGCGGAAGUUUUUUUUGUCCGUAGAAAAUUUUCGGGUUCUCGCAUCGGAUAUACACGUCGUUGAGAUUCGCGAUUUCCGAAGGGCGAGCUGGUGAUCAUGAAAAGUGUGAGAAUGUGCGAGGUCGGCUAGCAUCGGCGGGAAAUUAAGAACAAGUCGUAAACGAUUCUCGACGGCGAGGAUGGCGUGCAAAAGUAAUUGCUGCUUUUGAUCGCUGGGGACAGAGAGAGGAUCGCGGAAGACACCAUCACGUCCGUGCUGCGAGUAGUGGAACGAUGUCGGCGAGGCUUCGGACGAGAUCUGUUCUGCGGGCUUCAAAGCGUUCGACUUCGUAGCUGGAUCGACGAUUUUACGGGAGACAGGUCCGAAGAAACUCAGCGUUAAAGGAUCGACGACUUUGGGAACCCAGGACCACCGUUCCUGGACCGACAGAGAACAGAAGAGACGAGAAACGAAGAAACCGACGUUCGUUGGAAUUGCCUUAAGUAAAUAUAGAAACUCGAAAGCAGAGUAUUUUGAUAAACGUUUGGUGGGACGAUUCGUCGCAAGAGUCGGCGUUGAUGGUCGGAUUAGACGCGGAAUCCUCGCUGUUUGGCGCGCGUCGAAGGAGCUUUCUCGAUCGAAGCUGGAGGUGAACCGUGAUAACCGGGCGUUCUCGAGUCCUUUUUUCCCCCCCCGUUCGGAGUUAGCUUGUUGUGCCCCCCGCGAGCGUGUGAAACGCGAUCAAAGUGAAGUGUCCCGGUCUCGGUGAGAUGGCCUUCAUGAUGAAGAAGAAGAAGUACAAAUUCUCGGUGGUGGUGGACCUGGAGGAGCUCACCGCGGUACCGUUCGUCAACGCGGUUCUGUUCGCGAAGCUACGGCUCCUCGACGGCGGUUCCUUCGUCGAUCAUUCAACGAGGGACGAGGUGCAGGAGCACACGGUCAGGUGGAAUGCCAGAUUCGAGUUUCUGUGCAAGAUGAGUGCCAACGCGUCCACCGGAGUCCUCGAUCCGUGCAUCUUGAGGAUAUCCGUGAGAAAGGAAUUGAAGGGAGGCAGGUCCUUCCAGAAGCUCGGCUUCACCGACCUGAACCUCGCCGAAUUCGCUGGAGCUGGACUCUGCAGAACGAGGUGCCUUCUGGAAGGUUACGACGCGAGACAUCGGCAGGACAACUCCAUGCUACGCGUUGCCAUUAAGAUGAACAUGUUGUCGGGAGACAUUCUGUUCAAAGUACCCUCCCCGUCGUUGAAGCAGACGCAACUAGCGGUGCCAGGCGGUCCAGGUAUUCCUGGUGUGACAGCCGACGAGGUGGCCGCGUCGGAGAUGUGCACCAACCGAGAGGACUAUGUUUCCAGCGGGUCGUUGGCUGGAAGCAUAGCCAGCGCCAGCAGCGGUUUCGGCAGUCUUCCCAAAAAGAGGCCUGCCCUCUUUUCCUCGGAGCUCCUCAGCGGGGCGGAGUCGUACGAUCCCAUGACCUUGAGCGAGAUCGUACCGUCAGCUCUUCCAGUGGAGACUCUGGUUGAAGCGCACACGGAGUCGGGACAUUCCCGCAACAGCAGCAACACCAGCCAGCUGAGCAAAGGCUCGGGCUACGGGUCACUGAAUUCACACAGUCAGCACAGUAGGCAGAGCAGUAGUGGUGACAGUGGCCACAUUAGGUCACCCUCCUGGCCGGUAUGGGCUCCGCGCAUCCCCAACCCUUCCCAGAAUCUCUCCGCCAGCCAGCAACCCCACAGACCCGAGACAUGUCUCGAAACCACCGAGUCCCCCUCCACGUCUUCCCUGAUGCUGUUGGAUCCACGUAACCGGUUCUGGUCCGCGUCGAGUCCACUCUCGUCCCGCGAUGGAAAGUCCGACGUGCGUAAUUCGACCAGGUCGAGAACGAGUGUCGCGGCCGUUCGUCCUACGUCCAACGAACACGACGACGAACACGAUCGCGCGUCGUCGCGUAGAAACGGUGUCGCGAACGACACCGGCGACGUCCACGAGAACCGCGCCGUCGUGUUCAGGGUGCCCGGAGCCCAGGACGUGCCGCGACACUCGCGCAAGAAUUACGAGAGGAGCAGCUUCGAGGCGCGAAACGAGCUUAACGCCGCGCGGUCUACGUCCAAGGACAGAAACGGCCAACAACCGAACAGUAGCGUCGCGAUCGCGCCGGUCGCAAAGCCGAGAAUCGGUCAGCCAGGUUGGAGAAGCAUAUCGAAGACCUGCGACUGCAUCGAGAAGGGCAAGACCAGCCCGGUUUUGCGACUGGUGGAUCAGGCCAGGGCUGUAUCCUCCCCAGAUCCUCUUCAUAGGCCCGAUAACCCCAGAGCCUCGCUACGUUCCGCGACCACCGCUCAAACCCUCAGAAAUCCAUCCGGCGGCUCUGGCCUCAGCGAGACGGGAUCUUUGGACCGGGCAAAGGCCGCGCUGGAGCGCAGGAAAAAGGCCGAGGACGGGACGGGGAACCCCGUGCUAUGCAGGGUCGAGGUCACCAGGCCGAAUCCGGACUCCCUCAUCGACGAGCUGAUCAAAGCAACGAAUCUGGAGCAGACGGAUCUCGAGAGCUCCGAGACGACGGGGCUUCAGUUGUUCAUCGCGAAAGACGGGACGACCGCGCUCGGUAGCCACGAGGUGAAGAGCCAGAUGCCCGCCGGUGUGUUCAAGCAGGUGGUGAUGGAGGAGAACAAUAGGUAACACGAAGCUAUCGUGACGAGGAGGCAGUACGCUAGACAAACCAGCGCCACGUUCUCGUUGGCCCUGGUGCCAGAGCUCGUCUACGAGGCCAGCGAGCCCCGGUAGUCACGAGGAACAGCGAUCACGAUGUAUGCCGGACGAGGGAAUCGUCGAGACGGAGAACACCCGACGAAACACGACGCGAAUGCUACACCCCCCGACGCCCGUUGACCCCCCAAAUUAUCAUUUGUUCAGUUUCGUAGCUGGCUCACGUUGAAACCGAUCACCGAUUCCUCUCGAUUCAUCUUUGCAACCCUUUGCACUCCGAAUUAUAUUUCAAUUUUGUUUAAACUAAAAAACAGAGCAAUUUAAACAAACAGAAGAGCAAAUAAAUUCAAUCGAAUAUCUGUUUUAUUUACACUAUUGCUGUAUUUUAUAAUUUUUAGUGUAUGUAUUUGGUUUGGACUCGACAUAGGAGUGCAAAGGGUUAAGUUUUUUUUUCCUCGCCGCCUAGAAGCUUGGGAACGCUUCCUGUUUCACCCGUGGAUUAGGUCUCUCGAUAAAAUCCCUAGAAAAGGCGAGUAUGAUCGAGCACUGGUGCAGUUAGUUAUCUCAAGAAAUUGUAAAGAUAGAUAUUUUCUUAACACGUUGACUGCCAGUCUAAGAUCCUAAAAUUGUCAACGAGACCAAAACUUUGAUUUUAGAUAAUUGUAAAUUACACAACUUAAAAGUUGUAGUAGUUACUUUCGUAACCUCGUUAAA